UUUAUACACAGCCAGAGAGAAAAAAAAGAAGAACCCCAACAAGAAGAAGAAAUUUGAAGAAGGUGGUGGUUGUUAAUGGCGAUUUAGACAAGAACCCCCAACAACAAGAACGAAGAAAAGGGUUUCUGUAGAUUAUUCUUAGUAUCAUUCACAGGCAUUAUUUUAAGGACAAGUUCUGAAGAUAAAUUAUCUUUGUUUAUCUUGUUGUUUUAAACAAGGAGGAAGUUUCUGUGUUUGCUAGUUAAGUCUGAAGAAUUUUUCAAGGAGUUCAAGAAAUUUGAAGGAAACAGAGAAAGAUGGAAUGGUCUGGUUGUCUCAAUGAAUAUGAAAAGCUUGUCAUCAGAAUGAACACACCAAGAGUUGAAAUUGACAAUGCUGUUUGUGCUUCUUCAACACUAGUCAAGAUUGACAGUGCACAAAAGGAUGGAAUUCUUUUAGAAGCUGUUCAAAUCCUUACAGAUCUCAACCUGUCCAUCAAAAAGGCUUACAUAUCCUCUGAUGGAAGAUGGUUCAUGGAUGUUUUUCAUGUGACGGAUCAAAACGGCAACAAACUCACUGAUGAGAGCGUGAUCAGUUACCUUGAGCAGUCUUUCAACACGAGCAACAACACUGUGAAACCCAACGAGUUGAAUGGACUAACCGUGUUGGAAUUAACAGGGACUGAUAGACUAGGUUUACUUUCAGAGGUUUUCGCAGUUCUGUCUGAUCUUCAAUGUAAUGUUGUUGAAUCGAAAGUCUGGACACACAACGGAAGAAUUGCGUCUUUGAUUUAUGUUAAAGAUAUUGAUUCCGGUUGUCCAAUUGAAGAUUCAUUGAAAAUCAGUAAAAUCGAAAGCCGAUUAAGGAAUGUUCUUAAAGGGGAUAAUGAUAUUAGAAGUGCUAAAACUACAGUUUCUUCUAUUGCUGUUACUCAUACUGAGAGAAGGCUUCACCAGAUGAUGUUUGCUGACCGUGAUUACGAGAAGAAACCCGACGAUGAUUCGCCUAUUGUUACAGUUCAGAAUUGGGCUGAGAGGGGUUAUUCUGUUGUGAAUGUUAUGUGUAAAGACAGACCUAAGUUAUUUUUCGACGUCGUUUGUACGUUGACCGAUAUGCAGUAUGUUGUCUUCCACGGCACAAUUGAUACAACAGGAAACCAAGCUCAACAGGAGUUUUAUAUCAGACAUAGUGAUGGAACCCCAAUUAGUUCAGAAGCUGAAAGACAAAGAGUCAUUCAGUGUUUAGUAGCUUCCGUUGAGAGAAGGGCAUCUGAGGGUGUAAGGCUUGAGUUAUGCACUGCAGAUCGACAAGGGUUACUAUCUGAUGUUACACGGACUUUUCGCGAAAAUGGAUUAAAUGUUGCAAGAGCAGAAAUCUCAACCAAAGAUGACAUGGCUCAUAACAUAUUUUACGUGACAGAUACAGCCGGCUAUCAAGUUUCUUCCAGAACAAUCGAAGAAGUUCGCGAAAGAAUAGGACUAGAUGAUCUAAUUGUCAAAGAUCCACCAUGUUCUAUUCCAAAAGUUUCAUGGGAUGAUUCUCCGGCCGGCGGAGUUGGCGGUGCAGUACUAGUAUCAUUGGGAAGUUUAGUUAGAAGGCAUCUAUACAGUUUGAGUUCUAUUAUUCAUAGAGCUUAAGGGGGGAAGAACCAACCAUAGAAGACAGUUAACAAGAGAAAAAGCAAGAUGAAGAAGAACACAUACACAGUAAUAGUAGGAGGAGGAGAUUAAAAAAAGUUAAGCAGAAUUAGGACUAUUAAUUUGUGUAGGAAGGGAGGGAAAUGGCCAAAUGGGAAUAUACUUUGCUUGAAGAAUUGGGGUUCAUUUUGUACAUAAAGAAUUUAUUAUUAUUCAAAAGGUUUGGGAAGGGAAUGAAAAUGAAAUUUGGGGGUCCAAGUAGUAGUAGUUGAUUUAUAGUUAGGGUUUGGUUGGUUGAAAAUUGAUACUAUGAGGUCCCCCAUUCUCCAUCUGUUUUUGAUUCUACUACUACCUGCUUGAAUUUGAAAAGGGGAGGGAAAUACUUGAAGGCUAAGAUUUGGAUAAUUCUGUGGACUGUGGUGGUGGUGGGGAUAAGAAUUUAGCUGGCAACAAAGACAGGUGAAGAGAGUUGGUAGAAAAGUGAAGAUCUAAAAGAAAAAUCUUAGAUUGGAUUGUUUGGGGUGUGUUUUCAUGGUUUUAGGAUGUUUUUACACGCCGACAGUUGAUUUGUAUAUAGUUAUGAUGAUGACUUUCAUUUGUUAGUUGCAACCAACUUAGAAGAAGAAGAAGCAGAAAUUAGUGGUUGACAUUUGUGGAUUUCUCUCUAUAUUAAUCAAUCUAAUCUAUUUUUAAGUGUUGUGUUUUUCAUUCUAA